AUGGCAGAAUUGCAAAAUUUUGAUCCUGACAAAAUUUCGUCAGGAGCAACUAGCUCCAAUGAACCACCAAAACCUGUUUCAAUAUUAAAUAGUAGGUCUACCUCUUUAACUGAUUCCCAAAACCCAAAUAGACGCAACACCACUCCCCCUGCUGAUUUAAGUCAGAUAAACAAGAUGUUAACAUCGAUGGAGCUGAAUGAAUCUUUCCAGGCCACCGAAAAUACCGACAAGCUAUAUGUUAUGGCUUCAAAUGAUAGCAAUAUUACAAACUCAACUCAAAACAGUAAUGUCAUGUUGAAUUUUCCUACAAAGCCUGCCAACAAUCUGGCUGCGUCAAACAGCAUUUUCGCCAAUGGAUCUGUGUCUGCUACAGGAACAGUAGUCUCCUUUACAACUUCGGAUAAUGAGAAGAUCCCCCAUCACAGAUACUCUAUAUCGUCAAAGCCUGCAAACGGCAGAACUUCGCAAUUGGCAUCUCCAAAUGGUAGUUCUGAUAAUUUAAUCAAAAAAGUCAGUGGGUCCAUUUUAUCCAACUUAGAGACUGAAAAGACAAAACAGGAGGAAACAGGCGAAAAAAGCUGCAUUGUUCAUAUGCCUGGUGAUUUCAUAUACUUUGAAGCAGAUAAGGAACAAUUAGAGGAACCGAUCCCAUUAACUCCGCUGUCUACCGUAACCAGCAACAAAGUUAAUACAAAAGAACGUUUUUCUCCUCCAACUGGACCUCAAAUACCUUUUACUGAAUUUUUACAGAAACAAGACGACAAGAAAUUCCAUAUAUUAAUUGCCGCCACUGGAUCUGUAGCGACUAUAAAAGUUCCAUUAUUAAUCGAUAAAUUAUUUAAAAUUUAUUCUCCAGAGAAAAUUUCAAUACAGUUGGUAGUAACAAAACCUGCUGAACAUUUCUUGAGAGGUUUGAAGAUUUCAACACAUGUUAAGAUUUGGAGAGAAGAAGAUGAGUGGUUGGCAUCGAGAAAGAUCAACGAUCCAGUGCUACAUCAAGAGUUACGGAAAUGGGCAGAUAUCUUCCUGAUAGCUCCACUAUCAGCUAAUACAUUAGCUAAACUGGCAAAUGGUAUCUGUAACAACUUAUUAACAUCUAUUUUUAGAGGAUGGUCAUCUAAUACACCAGUGGUCGUAGCACCAGCAAUGAACACUUUGAUGUAUACCAAUCCAAUGACAAAAAAACACUUAAAUAUGUUACAAGAAGACGCACCAUUUGUGACAGUUUUGAAACCUGUAGAAAAGGUACUUAUUUGUGGAGAUAUUGGUAUGGGUGGGAUGAGAGAAUGGAAUGAAAUUGUGGAGAUACUACGACAAAAAAUCUCUGAAGUAAAGAAGUCUCGUGAACAAAAUGAUGAAGAAGACGAAGACGAAGACGAAAACGAAGAAGACGAAGAUGAAGAUGAAGAUGAGGAUGAUGAGAAUGAAGAAUGUAGAAAUGAAGAUGAAGACGAUGAUGACGACGAUGACGACGACGAUGAUGACGAUGACGACGAUGACGACGAUGAAGACGAUGAUGAUGAUGUCGUCAAUGAAAAAUCUAAUGAACCAAUCCCAUCCAUAAAUUAA